AUGGCGGUGACCUUGGGGAGUGCGUACUACAAUCUGAAGAAGGAACUUAAAGAGAAAGCUGAAAGGGAGGCCGGCAAGUCGUCCACAGCCGAAUCCACCAAGGCACAGGAUGAGCAGCAGGAGAUCCGCAAGCGUCACCAGAAAGUUCUGGAGGCACGGGCCAAGCUGCAUUUGGAAGCGGGGGUUGGCUUCCUCGCGCGCUUCAAGAACGCAGCUGAAGGCGGGAAGAGAUACCUGGUCCACCCGCGAGUCCUUUCUUCCACUGGGCCAGGGUGGAGUUUCCCCGGGGGUGGCCGCUUACUCCUCAGUCUCGACCUCAAAGAAGGUUCUGCGAACAUCCUUCCGGCAGAGCGCGUGCCAUCUUACGUCAGCCUGAUCAAGGACUCUUGGCAACCUUUUACGGGUGACUUCCCUAAAGAACGACAAGUUCCUGGGACCGUCCUUUACUGGAAGGAGACGGGUCUCGCAGAGGUGGUGCACGAACGGGACCAUUACAGCGGGGGCUUUACUCAAGCCCGGAACUUCUUAACAAUCGACAUUAACUACUCUAUCUCCGCCGCACACGCUAUGUACCGCAUGUUGUGCCUCUUCCCAAGCUUGGAAGUAGACACCUCAGAUGCCGACUUUUACAAGUGCAUUUGGGAGGUCAUACUCCAGCACAAGCCGAGCGGCUUCCUUCUCCGCUUGUCCGAGCACAAGGCGUCGCUGAGGGCUGUGGCCCAGUGGUCGCACGGCAGCCCCUGGGAGGAGUGCUUCAAGAGCGAAGUCUGCGCGCUGGUAGAUCUACUGAUGUCGGACGCUUGUCUUCAUCCCUGCGGCGUGGUCGCCGGCAGCAUCGACCCGCGUCAUCUAGAUCACUUCAAGAACCCAGAAGAGAAAUUCAAGCAGUACCGCGUGGAUCCACAGAAGUAUGCCAAAGAUGGGGUGGAAGACAAGGACUACAAACGCGUGAAACGUGUACGCAAGCCUUGGAUCCGGGUCGCAGACCCUGACAGAUCCGAGAGAGGUCUCAAAGACUGCUUGGACGUCACAGUAGACCUAACGUCCGAGAAGGUCUGCAUUCGUGAGCUCGAAGAACAGCUGACACGCAUCAGCAACCAGAGCGAUCCAAUGAACAGCGAGGGUCUUUCGGGAACGGACGGCGACAUGGUGCCCCUGUGCGCAGCCAUCUCCUCCGGACUGCUCUUAUACCGCCUUCUUGCCAUCUACGGCUACGAGCCGAAUGGGAACAGACCCAUCCUGCCAGUCUUCGUGAAGCCCCCAAAUCCCGCGGAGUCGCUCUGGUACACCGAACUCAAAGACAGGGAUUCCGGCCUGAUUGUGCGCAUCGGAGACUCCCGUGGGGCUGCGGCGGUGUGGAUCGGUGGCUUAGAUACAGCAGAAGUAACGGAUCUGGCGAUCGCGAACGAGCAUCUGAAGAACCUGGUGGCCUUGCUCUGUAGCCCGAAGUGUCCUCACACUUACGAUGGGACAGUUGCGGGGUGCAUUGCAUGA